AUGAGAUCAUUGACAGAAGAGGAGACGAAAGUCGUGUUUGAGAAGUUGGCAAACUAUAUUGGAAGAAAUAUCACCUUCUUGAUCGACAACCCCACCAACCCCCAUGUAUUGAGACUACAGAAAGAUAGAGUAUACUAUGUCUCUGAGAACGUUGCCAAUUUUGCCACCUCUGUCGCCAGAGACCGGUUGAUGUCGCUUGGAACUUGUUUUGGUAAGUUCACCAAGACGGGAAAAUUCAGAUUGCAUAUCACAUCGUUGCCCUACUUGGCCCAGUAUGCCAAGUACAAGGUGUGGAUUAAACCAAACGGAGAGAUGCCAUUUUUAUACGGAAACCACGUCUUGAAGGCGCACAUUGGAAGAAUGUCUGAAGAUAUCCCUGAACACGCCGGUGUCAUUGUGUUUUCCAUGCAUGAUGUUCCUCUCGGUUUCGGAGUGUCGGCCAAGUCCACCGCUGAAACCAAAAACAUGCAACCUACUGCCAUUGUCGCAUUCAGACAGGGAGAUAUUGGAGAGUACUUGAGAGAAGAAGACACCUUGUUCACUUGA